CAAACAUCUUCACAACUCAUUCAUUCAUUCUCAUCAUCAUCAUCGUCGAUCAAACUCCUAUUAAAAACCAACCAAAACUCUUUCGAUUUCCAACAACCUCAAACUCGAUCCUCAAUUGAUCUGAUCAUCAAACUUCAUCCUGUUCAAGUUUCUUCUUUGGAUCAUACCCACAAAGUUCAAAACAUGACUGAUUCAUUGGCACCAAGAGUCGUCAAACGGAUUAACAAAGAAUUUAAUGUAUUAAGAACUCAACCUCCUGAAGGAGUUCGAGUCAUUGUGAAUGAAGAUGAUAUUACAGAUGUGAAGGCUUGGAUCAAAGGUCCUGCUGAAACACCUUAUGCUGAUGGUUAUUUCAAGAUUGCUUUCGCUUUUGGAUCUGAAUAUCCUGCUGCUCCUCCACGAUGUACCUUUUCAACCAAAAUCUUUCAUCCAAAUGUAGGACCUAGAGGCGAGAUUUGUGUGAACACAUUAAAGAAAGAUUGGGUUUCCACCAAUACCUUAACUGAGAUCUUGAUGGUGGUGAAAUGUUUGUUGAUUUAUCCGAACCCUGAAUCGGCAUUAGAUGAAGAAGCAGGUCGAUUGCUUUUAGAAAAGUAUGAUGAAUAUUUUCAAAGAGCUAAGCUAUGGACUGAGAUUCAUGGUCGGAAAUCGUAUCCUCCUAUCGAAUUUGAAUCAUCUGAUCUUGUUAAAAAUCAUAAUAAUGAUGAUGAUGAUGAUAAAGUUUUAGAUACGAAUUCUAAAGAAACUAGGUUUGUGGAUCAGUCUUGA